AUGGCCGCAUCCGUCACAAAUGUCAAUACCGACACGCCGUCAGAUUCGAUGGCAUCUUUGUACGUCGGCGAUCUUCAUCCCGACGUCACCGAAUUGAUGUUGUUUGAAAAAUUCAGCACCGCCGGAUCAGUUCUAAGUAUUCGAAUUUGUCGCGACAAGGCUAGAGGAUUUCCACUCGGCUAUGCCUAUGUGGAUUUCGAACAGCCCAUAGACGGUAAGAGAUCGUUCAAGUUUUGA